CGGUCUCUCACAGGCCAUGAAGUCAGUCUGCAUCUCCAGUCAAUUGGGAUGGCCACACUAGUUGACUUUGCUGACUGGCCUUUAUCGUUAUCCUUAACGCCGCGUUCCCCUGUCGCUUACCAUCAUCUCUUAUUCAGCCUGUCCUUGUAUCGGAACAGGCAAACCAAUGUCCGGCUGAUGGUGAUUCGAAUGGAUCAAUAAGCAUUCAGUUACCGCUCUUAUUCAGCGAAUCCAAAGCUAUAAAAGCCGUUGUGUUAUUUCCUUCUAUCGACAAUGGCAGACUCAAAGCUCUUUCAGCCCAUCAAAAUCGGCGAUCUCCCUCUAAACCACCGCAUCGUCCUCGCACCGUUGACGCGAUACAAGUCAUCGGAGAAAGGCCAUGUCCCGUAUGCAUCUAUUAUGAAGGAGUACUACUCGCAGAGGGGCAGCGAUCCGGGCACCCUUCUGAUCACGGAGGCAACCUUUAUCGCACAAAAGGCUGGGGGAUACAAGUACGUCCCGGGCCUAUGGACGCAGGAGCAGCUAGACGCGUGGAAGGAAGUAACCGAUGCCGUCCACGCCAAAGGCAGCUUCAUUUUCUGCCAACUGUGGGCUUUGGGACGAGCCGCCGACUAUUCCCACCUCAAAGACGAGGACCCUUCCCUCGAACUCGUCGCUCCCUCCGCUAUCAAACUCUCCGACUCCUCCGAGACUCCCCGCCCGCUGACUCUCGACGAGAUCCACGAGUACCCCAAACUCUACGCACAAGCAGCCGCCAACGCCGUGUUCAAAGCUGGUUUCGAUGGCGUCGAGAUCCACGGUGCGAACGGGUACCUCAUCGACCAGUUCCUCCAGGAUGUAUCCAACAAGCGCACGGACGCCUACGGAGGGAGCAUCGAGAACCGCGCGCGGUUCGCACUCGAAGUCAUCGACGCCGUCGUCAGCGCCGUCGGAGCCCAUCGUACGUCCAUCCGGCUGAGCCCAUGGUCGAACUUCCAGGACAUGCGCAUGGACGACCCUAUCCCGACGUUUUCGUACCUCGUGACGAAGAUCGGGCAGCGCCAUCCGGAUUUGGCGUACGUGCAUGUUGUGGAGCCGAGGGUGUCGGGGAACUGGACGAGGGAUGCGCGAAAGGGUGAGUCGAAUGAUUUUAUAAGGGAGUUGUGGGCGCCGAGGCCGUUGGUGUCGGCUGGGGGGUAUACGAGGGAGGGGGCGAUGGAGGUUGCGGAUGGGAAGGGGGAACUUGUGGCGUUUGGGAGGUACUUUAUUUCAAAUCCUGAUCUUCCGGUGAGGUUGAAGAAGAAUAUACCGUUUACGCCGUAUGAUAGGUCCAAGUUUUAUUUACGCGGAGAGGUUGCUGAGGGGUAUACGGGUUAUCCGUUUGCUUCUGAGGAGUAGAGAGCGUUGUCGUAGAUGGGGAUAUGGGCAUGCUUCUUGUGUGGAUGUAUGAAUGGCAUUUUUCGUUUGUUGU